AUGUCAUCACAAAAUGCACCUUUGAAAGCCCCAGAGGUGGGAAUAUCGGGCAAAAAGAUCGUGUAUGACAAGGAUGGUAAGCCGUGCCGUACAUGCAACUCGUUACUCGAUUUUCAAAUGGUCACUGGGAAGAUCAGUCCCGGUGCUGCCGUAAAAGCUCAACAAAAGCUCCACCAAGAUCCACAGAGUUCAACGGACUUUCCCCCAGAUGUCGAACAAAUAGGCCGUUCUUCCUGGACUUUAUUGCAUUCGAUAGCUGCAACAUAUCCAGAGGUACCUGAUUCCCAGAAGCAACAGGAUUUGAAACAAUUUCUCAAGUUAUUCGGCAACUUCUACCCAUGCUGGUUCUGUGCGGAUGACUUCAAAAGCUAUAUGACCAAGAAUGAACCCAAGGUUUCUACACAAGAGGAUUUUGGCCGUUGGCUUUGUGAUGCCCACAACGAAGUCAAUGUCAAGUUGGGAAAGCCUAAGUUCGACUGCAACUUCUGGAGAAGAAGAUGGAAAGAUGAAAAUGAAUAG